GGCGUCGUGGCUCUGGGUGGGUCCCACCGUCGGCGUUGGGCGCGUUGCCCUUUUAAGAGCGAGGCGGAGCGAUGCGAGGGGGAGGUGGGCGUGGCAAGCCGGGCGUCCCCCAUCACGUGACCCGGGGGAGGCGGAAGCGGAAUUCACGUGUGCGGGAAGUCACGUGUGCGAAGAUGCCGGGCCCGGAGUUGCGGGUGAACGCGGCCUUCGCCGAGCGCUACGAUCGGUACCGGCGGCGCGAGGAGCUGCAGCGGCUGCAGGACCGUUAUGGCGACAGCGGCGACGGCUCCAGCUCCGAGUCCGAAUCCAGCGGGGACGAGGUGCCCCUGGACCCCCGCCUGGAGCGGGAUUUCUACCGGACGCUGGCGCUGCUGAAGAGCCGCGACCCCCGCAUCUACCGGCGGGACAGCACCUUCUACAGCCAGCCCGCCUCCUCGUCGGGGAGCGAUGCCGAGGAGGAGGAGGAGGAGGAGGGGGGGGCCGAAGGGCGCUGGGCGCAGCCCAUGUUCCUGAAGGACUACGAGAGGAAGGUGGUGCUGGAGAAGGAAGGCAAAUACGUGGACGAGGAAGAUGAGGAGGACGAAGAGGCGGCGGCCGAACGGAAGAAGAGAAUGGCCUCCAGGAGCUACGCCGAGGAGCAGCAGGAGCUGAAGGAGAGCUUCCGAGCCUUCGUGGCUGACAGCGAGGAGGAGGAGGAGGAGGAAGGGGGGGGCUCUGCCCUGCUCCGGCCACGCAGCCGGACGGCGGAGGAGAAGGCGCAGGAGGAGGAGGAUUACAUCCGCUGGCUGAAGGGGCAGGGGGGGCCCCCCCCGGAGCCGCUGCAGGACCUGGUCCCCCUCCAGCAGUUCUGGACCGAUCCGGCGCUGGACCCCGGCGAGCGCUUCCUGCGGGAUUAUAUCCUCAACCAGGGCUACCGCCAGGAGGAGGAGGAGGAGGAGGCCGAAGGGGCGUCCCCCCCCGACUCCUCGGACGAGGGCGAGCUCUUCUUGGCCAAGCAGGAGGAUUUCGAACGCCGCUACAAUUUCCGCUUCGAGGAGCCCGACGCCGAGCAGGUGAAGACGUACCCCCGGCACAUCCCCACCUCGGUGCGGCGGCGGGACGAGCGGCGCAAGGAGAAGCGGGAGCAGAUCCGGGAGAGGAAGAGGAAGGAGAAGGCGCGGAAGCGGGAGGAGCUGAAGCAGCUGAAGAACCUGAAGCGGGAGGCCAUGGCCGCCCGCCUGGCGCGGCUGCGGGAAGCCACCGGCAACGCCGCCGUCGGCUUCCCCCCGGAGCUGCUGGAGGAGGACUUCGACCCCGCCCGCCACGACCAGCUCAUGGCCGAGUGUUUUGGGGAGGAUUAUUACGGCUGCGGGGAGGAGGAGAAGCCGCAGUUUGAGGAGGAGGAAGGGCUGGAGGACGACUGGAACUGGGACGCCUGGACGGGGCCGGGAGGAGGGGGGGGGGCUGAGCACGAGCCCCACUGCGAGGACCCCGAUUUUGUGAUGGACGCCGACUACGACCCCGCGGCCCCCCCCCAGGCCCCCCCAGCGGCAGCCCCCGGCCCUGGGCAAGAAGCGGCGCAAGACGCGCUUCCGGAGGCGGUGGAGAGGGAGAAACCGGCUUUCGACCCCGCCACCGGCACCUUCGAGCGGUACCUGGAGGAGUUUUACCGCCUGGACUACGAGGACCUUAUUGGCGACCUGCCCUGUCGCUUCAAGUACCGCCACGUCCUCCCCUGCGACUUCGGCCUCACCACCGAGGAGGUAGAGUCUGCCCUGACC